AAGAAACCACGGAAGCACAUGGUAUCCAGUGAGUGUGUUGAACUUCGCUGGACUAUUUAAACACUUUUUCUCCUUUUAAACCUGCUGAUAAAGUCGCUGGUGGUUCAAGCGGCUCCUUUGUGACGUGUGGCGGGAAAGUUUGACUCCAUCAUGGUUCGACAGAAACGGGCUAAACCGGUACAGAAGCCACAGAAGAAACAGCAGUACGAUGAAGAUGACCCUGAAGCCUACAAGAACAUGCCUGUCCCUGACAAGAAAUCCUCACAGUACACGAAGGACAAGAUCGAUGAGUUUCAUGAUGAGAAGAUCGCAAACCUUCUGGCCCGCGGCGUUCAGAUGGAGAGUGAUGAGGAGGACCUGGACGACGAGGAGGAGGUGAUGGCCCUGGACGAUUCUGAAUCAGACGAGGAGGAAGAGGAGGAGGAGGAACAGGAUGAGGAAGAGGGAGAGGGGACGGACAUGGAGAGCGACCUGGAGGGGAAAAAGGAUGAAGAUCUUCCUAACGAGAUGGCGUGGGGCGCCAGGAAGAAAAUGUUCUACGACUCAGAUUACAUGGCCCAGAAAGGGAAAUCACAGGAAGAGAUGGAGGCUGACGAACAGGAGGAGGAAGAGGAGGCCAAAAACAUCCAGAACCGUUUAGCCGCCAAUCUGAGCGAGGAGGAUUAUGAUCUAAACUUCUUCCAGGAAUUUGCUGUGGAGGAGAAGGAUGAAAGCCAGGCUGUAGAAAAACAGGAGAGGAUCGUGAAAGACCUGAAGCAGAUGUCUCAGAAGGAGAAGAUGAAGCUUCUGAAGAAGGAAUCACCAGAGCUGCUUGAGCUCAUCCAGGACUUCAAGGCAAAGCUAAACGAACUGAAGGAUGAGCUGCAGCCGCUUGUACAGAUGGUGGAGGACGGAAAGAUCCCGGCAGGAAAGGGUGCCGACUAUCUCAAGACUAAACGGCAGCUUUAUCUCAAUUACUGCACCAACAUCAGUUUCUACUUGGUGCUGAAAGCUAAACGGAUCCCGGCUCACAACCACCCUGUGAUUGAACGACUGCUCACCUACAGAAACCUCAUCAAUGAACUCGGUGCCGUAGAUGCUCGGCUCGCUCCAGAGUUUCGCCAACUCCUGGCCGGUGAAGGAACCAGCCGGCCAGCAGGGGGCAAGAAGACCAGAGUCCCCAGUAAGAAGGAGAAGGAAUCUGGAGAGACGGCGCCCGAGGCUGAGGAGGACUCCGACUCCGACCUGGACGAGGAAGCGGCGCUGCGUUUUUACAGAGAAGCGGAGGAACGGUUGAAGUUAAAGAGGCAGAGGAACAAACCAGAAGAGCUGGAGGAGGAUGAAGACGAGGAGGAGGAGGAGGAGGAUCCAGAUGCCAAGAGAGGAAUCACGUACCAGAUGGCCAAGAACAAGGGGCUGACGCCAAAGAGGAAGAAGAUCGACCGUAACCCCAGAGUCAAGCACAGGGAGAAGUUCAGACGGGCCAAAAUCCGCAGAAAGGGCCAGGUCCGGGAGGUGCGUCGGGAAGAGACCAGGUACAGCGGAGAGAUGUCUGGGAUCCGAGCUGGUGUCAAGAAGAGCGUCAAACUCAAGUAAUGAAGAGCGAGUUAAAGCUAUGCUGCUCAGGAUUGAAAACGUACCAAUGGACUGUUGUGUUAGAUGUUUAUUACAGGUGAGCUGUGCAGUAAAGCAUCGGUCAUCGUUGUUAAAAUGUUUUCUGCCCUGUGGUUAUUGGACCAUGUCAAUAAACAGUUUAAAAUCUGUCAGUAACGUGUAUUUUAUCCCUGCACAGGGACGGCAUCAUAACGGCAUCAAGGCCCAUUUUUAAAGUACAAAAACAGACGUGAUCUGUUUAAAGCGACUACAGCCAUACAACACACUACAUAUGCAGUCACCUCUUAGCGAAACAGGCAAGUACGGAUUCAAGCCAAACUUGAGCACAGAUAACAACUUCCAGCUGCAUGUUUGACUCGGGCCAGACGAUCCUGCAGCGACUUCAUAAAAACAGACUGAAGAGCGCUGAGGGGACGAGGUCGGGCCGAGCGCUUUGUCCGACACGCUGUACAAAAGAUUCGCUGAGGUCCAAAAUAAAAGUUUAAU